CUUUCAUGUUUCUAUAGUCUGUGUUGAUUAUUUAUUUUGAAUUUUGAAAUUUCAACGAGCCGUUGUUUAUCAAUUUGAUUCAAAGAACGUUUAUAAUACUACGGAAAAUUUUAAUUCAGAGUUUAAAUCAAUAAACUUUUUACAAAAUGACUGUGGAUACAAACGAACAAUGGUAUUCUGGUGUAAUAAAGGAUUUAGAUGCAUUUUGUAAACUAGUAGACGACAAAGUAGAAAAAGAACAACAGCGGCUGAAGGCGUGUAAAAAACAAAACGAAUUGGAAUACAAAGUGUUACAGGAAAAGAAAUUAAAUAAUGACUUCACACAAAGGCAAGCAGAGCUCAACCGACACUGCACAGAACUGGACAGGAUUUGUUCCACAUUUGAGUCCCGGCUCACCAUAGCAGACAAUGACAAACAUAGACUAGAAAAUGCCAAAGAAACCUAUCAGCUGGCGAAGGAGCUCACUGGCAUCCGUCUAGACUUCAGUGCACCAAGCAAUAUAGCUAAAGGCUAUAUAAAAAGCGAAUCUCGGAAGCUGCUCCAGCCGUUCGAGUUCGAGCUGGGGGGCGACAGCGAGGCCGUGUGGACGUUGCUACAAUCCACCACGGGCUACACACGCGCUGAUAAAGAAAACCGACCCGACAACUGAGUAUUUGUGUAUAUGGAAUAAUAAAUAAUUGAGUUGAA